GAAAAUGAGUACUAUUUUAUUUGAAAAUGAGUACUAUCCGGAUGUACCUAUUUCUAGGUAUGUCCUCAUUUACCAUAUACUUGGAGUUUGGCGAAGUGUGAAGGAAAGGAACCUGGUAAAACCAGCAAGAGAAGCAAUUUCUGUUGAGGUGGGUCUGAUCAUAUCACAUUCCCGUGGGUUUCGGCGGUGGAACGGCGGAUUCCGUCGGUGCUCGAUCAGCCGUCUCUUUCCCAUGGCCAAACGCGGAUACAAAUUGCAGGAGUUUGUGGCACAUUCCGGGAAUGUGAACUGUUUAAGGUUUGGUAAGAAGACAUGUCGGCUGUUUGUUACGGGGGGCGAUGAUCAAAUUGUGAACCUUUGGUCAAUUGGCAAACCAACCUCCUCUUCGUCAACCUUCUCUGGCCACACAAGUCCAGUGGAAUCCGUAGCUUUUGAUUCUGCAGAAAUUUUAGUGGCUGCUGGAGCUUCAUCUGGUUUAAUAAAGAUGUGGGAUCUAGAGGAUACAAAAAUGAUUCGCACUCUCAGUGGACACAGAUCAUAUUGCACUGCUCUUGAAUUUCACCCGUUUGGUGAAUUUUUUGCCUCCGGGUCUAUGGAUACCAACCUUAAGAUAUGGGAUGUAAGAAAGAAAGGAUGUAUACACACCUACAAAGGUCAUACACGAGGAAUCAGCACAAUAAGAUUCACUCCUGAUGGUCGAUGGGUAGUUUCUGGUGGAUUUGAUAACGUUGUUAAGGUAUGGGAUCUAACAGCUGGAAAGCUUUUACAUGAUUUCAAACAUGAAGGGCAUAUUCGAUCCAUAGAUUUCCAUCCCCUUGAGUUUCUUCUGGCAACAGGUUCAGCAGAUCGUACUAUAAAGUUUUGGGAUUUGGAAAAUUUUGAAAUGAUUGGAUCUGUGAGGCGUGAAGCUACAGGUGUACGUUCAAUGGCCUUUCACCCUGAUGGAACAACUUUAUUUUGUGGACUAGAUGAUAGUUUAAAGGUGUAUUCAUGGGAACCUGUACUUUGUCAUGAUUCUAUUGAUAUGGGAUGGUCAACACUUGGUGAUCUUUGCAUUCAUGAUGGAAAACUUUUGGGUGGUACAUAUUACCAGAGUUCAGUAGGGCUUUGGGUAGCAGAUAUUUCGCUCAUAGAACCCUAUGGUUCUUCUAUGAAUGCCAAUCAGAAUAGCAACUUGGAGCAAAAUCAUGAACAAAAGGAAAGUGCAGUGGAGAUAUUAGGGAGCAAUAGAAGUUCAAAUUCAAGUAUCCGUUGCUCAUCUCCCGAUAAUGAUUCCAAAGAUAUAAAGAAUAUAUAUGUCGAUCGUGAAGAUCCUGUCACUACCAAGGAGGUUGGUUCUCUUCAUUCUACUGAUGUUAUGCCCCAACCUGAUUGUAAGGAGAGUGAUCCUUUAUGCACUCAGAAGCAGAAUUCUGUUAAAGUGGUGAAGAGAAAAACCAAAGGACCUGCCAACAAUAAGUCUUUCGUUGCCCCAGUUCUGGUUCCUCAUGAAAAUCCAGAUCGAAGGGCCUUGGCCAGUCCUAGAAGGGAAGUCAGUUUGACUCCUACAGCCAGUGCCAGUAUGCCCAUGAAGAGGUCUCAUCUAAAGAGGUCAUCAAACAACUUUGAUAUGGAGAAAACAAUUGAGCCAGAGCCAAUUCAGAAUACCUUCAAGGAAAAAGGCUCGACUGUUAAAAAUGAUGACGAGAAGUCGGAGAAACCUGUAUUACUCUCAGCAACCCCAUGUCAAGCAACAGUGGCUGUGGCACCAGGAAGGACACGUAGUUUAGUUGAGAGAUUUGAGAGAAGAGAAAUACCACACGUUGAUACCCGCCACACUGACACAGUUCUUUGUUCAAAACCUGAAGAAGCAAAAACAUCCCUGUUACAGGGUGAGAGGGUUGAUAAAGAUGGAAGGGUGAAAACUGAAGAUGCCCCUACUACGGGUACAGUUCCUCUUUCUAAACCGGAGGAAGAAAGAGCACCGCUUACCCCUCCUUCACAUUGUGAGGGGUUUGAUAGAAGACGAAUGUCGAAAGCUGAUGCUGCCAAAAUUCCUCAUAAAGCUCCUCGAUCUAAACCCGAGGAAUCAAAUUCAUCUCCUCUGGCUGAGAGGCUUGACAGAAGAGAAAUGUUGGGAGCUGGUGAUGCCCAUACUUCUGACACAGUUCCUGAGUCUACGGACGAGGAAGCAAAAGAAAUUACAUUGCCGAUUCCUAAUACGCAAGUUGAGGAAAGGGGUGAGACAACUGUAAGUGAUAUUAGUAUCAUUGAAAAUGUGAUGCAGAAUCAUGACACCCUUUUAAGUACAUUAAGGUCACGACUGACAAAGUUGCAGGUAGUUCGACAUUUUUGGGAAAAGAAUGACAUUAAGGGUGCAUUCAAUGCCUUGAAGAAGUUGCCUGAUCAAGCUGUACAAGCAGAUGUAGUUAGUGUUCUCAUUGAAAGAAAGGAGAUUAUUACCUUGGAGUUGUUUUCUUCCUUACUUCCGGUACUGUUGGGCUUACUAGAUAGCAAGGUUGAAAGGCACGCGAAUGUAUCUCUAGAGAUGCUAUUGAAGCUUGUGGCAAUCUUCGGUCCAUUAGUCCGAUCAGCUGUUUCAGCACGUCCAUCUGUAGGGGUUGAUCUUCAUGCAGAGGAAAGAAUUGAGUGCUGCAGACAGUGCUUAGCGCAUCUCCAAGUUAUCCAAAACAGUAUUCCGACGCUUGUGCAGAGAGGAGGCUUGCUGGCAAGAUCUGCACACCAGCUGAAUCUUGUUCUUCAGCAAUCAUAAAAAUGCAAGAGCUCACAUUUCAGAAGAGGGGCACUCUACCCUACAAUCAUCUGGAUUGGACAUCACCACCGGUUUUCGUCCAACUUUUGCUACCCAAGUCCAGAUUUCCUUUCGUCGUUAGUGCAGCAGCCAUACAAGAAACUAAAGUGGCGCAUGGAAUCGGUGUUUUCGCAGAAGCAACACCACCUGGUAAUGUGAUUCCCCAUUUUGUAUGUAAUUUAUAGCAAUCAAAUUGUAUGGGAUGUAGCCCUCUGCGAAAAAGAAAAAAAAUAAUCAAUGAGAGAUGUAUACAUGUACCUCAGUUGUUAGAUGAUUCUCCCAUUAAUGGUUUUCCUAAUAUAAGGUGUAUCCUAAU